AUGGCGGAAUGCUUCAACACGGUACUAAGAAACCCCCAGGAGCUGCCAGAAUUCAUCACUAAAGGGGUAACCUAUCUUCUACCCAAAGAUCGGAACACAACUAAUCCCGCCAAGUACAGGCCAAUAACAUGUCUUUCAAGCCUGUACAAGGUGCUCUCGUCGGUAAUCACCCAAAAGGUGCAGUACCAUUGCGAUGCAAAUGGAGUGAUGACUGAAGAACAAAAAGGAUGCCGUAAAAACACACAAGGCUGUAAAGACCAAGUCAUCAUCGAUGCAGUCAUUGUGGGACAGGCAAGCCGAAAUAGGCGAAACCUCAGUAUGGCGUACAUCGACUACAAGAAGGCAUACGAUUCAGUACCCCACUCGUACCUAAUUAAGGUACUAGAAUUGUAUAAAAUAGACGGUGGCAUCAUCAGGUUAAUGAAGCACGCAAUGGGAAUGUGGAACACUUCACUCCACACUACCGACGGGAUAGAGGUGUUACGAUCCAGAACUCUCAGCAUAAAAAGGGGGAUUUUCCAAGGCGAUACAUUCAGUCCGCUAUGGUUUUGCCUUGCGAUGAACCCCCUCAGCAAAGCACUUAACCGAAGCAGCUAUGGCUACCAAUUGAAAAGUGGGACAACGAGUACAAUAAUUACCCACACCUUCUAUAUGGACGAUCUGAAGCUGUUUGCGGAAACUAUGGAGAAGCUGCGUCAUCUGUUGCAGCUGGUGACAACGUUCAGCAACGAUAUUCGGAUGGAGCUUGGCGUCGACAAAUGUCGUCUCGUAAAUAUCCAUCGGGGUAAAGUAAUGGACGCUGAAAGUUUCCGCAUCAACGAAAGGGAGGAAAUUCGAAGUAUGAUUGAAGGUGAGUCGUACAAAUACCUGGGAUUCCUGCAACUGAAAGGUAUUCACCACACGACUAUCAGAAAAGAACUGCAGGAACGGUUCCUGUAUCGUGUCAACCGUAUUUUGAAAUCACUCCUCUCUGCCGGCAACAAAGUAAAGGCGAUAAACACGUUUGCCGUGCCUUUGUUGACAUACAGCUUCGGGGUGGUUAAAUGGACCAAAACGGAUUUGGAAGCGAUUGAACGUACCUUGCGAGUAUCGCUAACCAAGCACCGUUCGCACCACCCAAGAUCGGCAGUCGAAAGAAUCACCUUACCACGCAUGGAAGGAGGAAGAGGUGUCACUGACAUCCAAGCGCUAUGCGUAUCCCAGAUCGAGCAGUUGCGGAGAUAUUUCAUAGAUAGUCAGACUCGUCAUGUUGUCUACCGCACUGUCUGUGAAGCAGACCACGGGUUCAGCGCCCUGCAUCUGGCGCAGGAGCAUUACCAGCUGAACUGCGACCUAAAAACCGUACCAGAAAAGGUCGAAACGUGGAAAGCAAAGGAACUACAUGGGACGCACCCCCAUCAAUUAGAGCAAGCGCAUAUAGACAAAGUGGCAUCGAAUGCGUGGUUGGUGCGAGGUGAUCUCUUUUCGGAGACGGAAGGCUUCAUGGUAGCCAUUCAGGAUCGGGCUUCCGGAAAGAAAAGUCAACCCAAUAUGGAGUACAAUCUAAGAAAUCGAGAUAUCAUGCGAUCGCCCGAGGAGGGAGCCCCUACUGGAGCUGGUCCUGGAACGGGGGACAGAGCGAGCGGCCAGCGGCUGGAGAAUGAUCAGGUGCAAGAGCGACCUCCCAGUCAACGGGCUCAGCCCGUAAACCGAACGCGAAACAGACGAAGCAGCAACAGACACCACCAAGGCAAUGCUGCACCUGCUAAUGAUGCUACGACUGACCGACGUCAGUCGCUCACUUUGGCAGGCCGCCCACGGCAACGGAUCAUGUGGACGAGAGAGAUGAAUAUAUAUGUGAUCCGCUGCUACUACGUUUGCACGAGGUUGGAGACGGAUAUGUCCGGCAGACCAAUGAUGCUGGACAUGUUCAAUGAACGGUUCCCUCGAUUUGCUAACCAACUUGAUCGGAACAAACUGUACAGUCGACGACGAACAAUACUGUCGAAUAACAUGCUCACUACCACAGAGCUAGAUACCAUCAAGUUGGAAGUGCAAAGGGAGCUCGAGGGAACAGGGAAUAGAUCGAGUGAUACGUCGAGGAGGAGUUCUGUUGGAAUAGAUGCAGCAAGACGCGAAUCAGUUGCAUCUGUAAACACACCAGUUGGGGAGUCACACGCCCCAGGACAAGACAUGGGUCGACAACAACAACAGCUACGAGACGAACUAGCUUUCCAAAUGGACGCAGCGGUUACACAAUUUCGAGGUACAGAUCCCCUAUCUCGACACCGGAUACCAAAGCUGCAGUAUUCCUAUCGGCUGACGAAUGCAGUAAGCACUCUUAACGAGGGUAUUUUGCCACGGUAUUCUGAGGCCGCCGAGAACCUUGAGGAACUGCAGUGUAUUGUUUAUUCCGCAGCUGUAGCCGUUGUGAGGACUUUGGGUAUGCGGACUUAUCCCCAAGACAUUGGUGAAAGUCGUGCACGUCCCAGUAAACAGAAACCAGCUUGGAUGCGACGAUUGCAAUCAAGAAUUGCAUCUCUGCGGGUAAAAAUCGGUCGAUUAACACAGUAUACAAGGGGAAAUCGAUCGAGAAGGCUGGUUCGUCAAGUAAUGGAAAUUGUUCAAUCCGCAGAGCUCCAAAAUCUCAGUGAACUAAACGUCACGGAGAUCCUCGACACCCAUGUACAGCGGUUAAGUGCUCUUGCAAAGCGAAUGCGACGUUAUGUUGAAUGCUCGAAACGGAAAGAACAAAACCGAAUGUUCAACACUAACGAAAGGGAGUUCUAUAACCACAUCAGAAAAGAGAAACCCAACUACAGCGAAGGACUUCCGGAGAUUGGCCAAGUUACACAAUUCUGGGCCAAUUUAUGGGAGAACCCCGCUCAACACAACAAUGAUGGGAUGUGGUUGGUAGAAGAGGAGGAAAAUAGUGAUGAAAUUGAUAGCAUGGCCGCUGUAGUAUUGACCGCCCAGGAUAUUCGUGAGGCUACACGGUAUACUAGGAAUUGGGCCGCACCUGGACCAGACUUUGUCCACAAUUUUUGGUAUAAAAAGUUCUCUACAAUUCACGGACGGUUAGCGGAAUGCUUCAAUAUGGUCUUAAGAGACCCCCGAACACUCCCAGAAUUCAUCACUAAGGGGGUAACCUACCUUCUACCGAAGGACCGAAACACAGCUGAUCCAGCCAAAUACAGACCAAUAACAUGCUUGUCAAGUCUGUACAAAGUGCUAUCAUCGGUAAUUAGUAGUAAAGUGCAGGACCAUUGUGAUGCCAACGGAGUGAUGACAGAAGAACAGAAAGGCUGCCGAAAAAACACACAAGGCUGCAAAGACCAAGUCAUCAUCGAUGCAGUUAUUGUUGGUCAGGCAAGCCAAAACAAACGAAACCUUGGUAUGGCGUACAUCGACUAUAAAAAAGCAUACGACUCCGUACCACACACGUAUCUCAUUAAGGUACUGGAAUUGUAUAAAAUAGACGAUGGCGUCAUCAGGCUAAUGAAGCACGCAAUGAGAAUGUGGAACACAUCGCUGCACAUUACCGAUGGAGCAACAGUGUUACGGUCCAGAACUCUUAGCAUAAGAAGGGGGAUCUUCCAAGGUGACACCUUUAGUCCUCUAUGGUUCUGCCUUGCGAUGAACCCCCUUAGCAGAACACUUAACCGAACCAGUUAUGGCUACAAGUUGAAGAGUGGGACAACGAGAACAAAAAUUACCCACACCUUCUAUAUGGACGAUUUGAAGCUGUUUGCGGAAACGAAGGAUCAACUGCAUCAAUUGUUGCAAGUGGUUUCGACGUUUAGCAACGAUAUCCGGAUGGAGUUGGGCAUCGACAAAUGUCGACUCGUCAAUAUUCACCGGGGUAAAGUUAUGGACGCCGAAAGUUUCCGCGUCAACCCUAGAGAAGAGAUUCGGAGUAUGGUUGAAGGUGAAUCGUACAAAUACCUGGGAUUCCUGCAACUAAAAGGUAUUCACCACACGAUGAUCAAGAAAGAACUGCAGGAAAAUUUCUUGCAUCGUAUCAACCGUAUAAUGAAGACUUUUCUCUCGGCCGGCAACAAGAUCAAGGCUAUAAACACGUUUGCCGUGCCGCUGUUGACAUACAGCUUCGGGGUGGUCAAAUGGACCAAAACGGAUUUGGAAGCGAUCGAACGAGCAUUAAGAGUAUCGCUGACAAAACACCGUUCGCACCACCCAAAAUCGGCCACCGAAAGAAUCACCUUACCACGAAGUGAAGGAGGAAUAGGUGUGAUUGAUAUCCAGGCACUUUGUGCCUCACAGAUCCAACAGUUGCGGAGAUAUUUCGUAGAAAGCCAGAACCGUCAUGAAAUCUAUCGCACUGUUUGCGAGGCAGACCACGGGUUCAGCGCUCUGCACCUGGCGCAGCAUGACUAUCAGCUGAACUGCGUUCUUAAAACCGACGAGGAAAAGAUCGCAACGUGGAAGCAAAAAGAGCUGCAUGGGACGCACCCCCAUCAGUUAGAACAAUCACACGUAGACAAAGCAGCAUCAAAUACGUGGUUGGUGCGAGGUGAUCUCUUUUCGGAGACAGAAGGAUUCAUGGUAGCCAUCCAGGACCGGGUUAUUGCAACGAAGAACUACCGCAGGUACAUAUUGCACGAAAACAUAGAGGAUCGUUGCCGUAAGUGCAAUGUAGUAGGGGAGUCGAUUGAGCAUGUUAUUGCAGGCUGCCAAGCGUUAGCAGAAACAGCCUACCUCAAUCGCCACAAUACGGUUGCCAAGAUUGUGCACCAACAACUUGCUUUGAAGCAUAACUUGGUAAACUGCUACGUACCCUACUACAAAUACCUGCCCCACCCAGUCCUGGAAAAUAACUGUGUAAAGCUGUACUGGGAUCGCGAGAUCAUAACGGAUGUCCUCAUACGUGCCAAUCGCCCUGACAUUGUGGUCUACAACAAAAGGAUAAAGCGGGUCACCCUCAUCGAUAUUGCUGUACCGCUAGACCACAAUGUGCAAUCAACUUUCUCGACCAAAAUCACGAAAUACCAUGAUUUGGCCGAGGAGUUACGGCAAAUGUGGCACCUGGAGGAAGUACGAAUAGUUCCAGUAGUAAUCUCUGCUACUGGACUAGUUCCCUGUACGCUACUGCGCUCCUUAGAAGAGUUGGAGCUGCGCACCGAACUACAAGUAAUCCAGAAAGCGGUGGUUUUGGGUACCUGCAACAUUGUACGGAGGUUCCUGAACCACCAUAACUGA